UGGUCGCGCUUGUUUUGAGCAGCAGGCGCAGUUUCAGUCCAGACCUUCCUCAGGAGAGGACGCUGACGGAGACAACCCUGCGCAGGAACAGGUGUGUUGUUUUUUUAUUAGCACCCAGUGGAUCAAACUGUGAUGUCCUCCAGACCCCGAGGGAGUCCCCCUCCCUAUGAGGAGGACAAUGGAUUUAAUGGACCUCCUCAGCCCGCCUACUCUUACUACCCUGAUGAUGAGUUCCAGCACUUUUAUCGCUGGUCAUCGCCUCCGGGAAUCCUUAAAAUCAUGGCCAUCAUUGCCAUUGUGCUGUGUGUGGCCAUCUUUGCCUGUGUUGCCUCCACACUGGCGUAUGACAGUCAGGGAGCCAUGUCUGGUUUUGGAGGUUACGGGGGAAGUUAUGGAGGAAGUUACGGAGGCGGUUUCGGAUCAAACUACGGUUCGGGCAUCGGCAGUGGUGGGUACGGAGCUGCAAACAAUUAUGGAUACGGUGGAAUCGGGGGAAACUACAACGACCCGCGAUCAGGAAAAGGGUUUAUGAUCGCAAUGGCAGCCAUCGUCUUCAUCUUCACUCUGGCCGUCUUCAUCAUCAUCGUGUCUCAUCAGUCCCUGUCGCAGAGCCGGAGGUUCUACCUGGCGGUGUUGAUCAUCUGUCCCAUCCUGGCUCUGUUGAUGCUGAUUGCCACCAUAGUGUACUUGGUGGCAAUAAACCCCACAGCCCAGUCCUCGGGUUCAGUUUACGGCAACCAGAUAAUGGCUUUGUGUGCGCCUUACCAGCAACCUCAAACAGUAGGAGUUCUUUCGAACCAGUACCUUUACCACUACUGUGUGGUGGAGCCACAAGAGGCCAUCGCAGUGGUGUUUGGCUUCCUGGUGACCGCCGCCUUGAUUAUCAUGCUCGUCUUUGCCCUCAAGACCCGACAGAAGAUCCAACACCAUGGCAAAGACAGCAUCUUGUGGAAGAAAGUGAAAAUUGUGGACGGCCUGUCGCCUCCUGAAGAUGUAGAGGCAUGGGUGAACAAUGUGUCUGCUCCCCCUGAAGAGGUUCCCAUUGCCGACUACCCCAACAAGCUGAGAGGCUCCAGGAGUUACCUGGAUGAAGAGAGCGACUAUGACAAACCCCCCAUAAACUACACGCCACAGCCCGUUGUUGAGAACCGGUCCUUGCAGAACGGGGCUCCUUACAGCAGUAGCUCAGAGAUUGCAAGCUCAUCAGGGCGGCCCAAAAAGAGGCGCGCGGGACGGCCUCGCCGCGCUGACGGCCAGGACUACGACACCGACUACAACUCCUCUGGGGACGAACUGGACGACAACGACUUUGACAGCGAGUUUCCCCCAAUCACAAAUGAGCUGCAGCGCAACAACUACAAGCGUGAGUUUGACCGCGACCACCUGGAGUACAAAGAGCUGCAGGCGGAGCUGGACGUCAUCAACAAGGACCUGUCCAAUCUGGACAGAGAGCUGGACGAGCUCCAGGAGGGCAGCCCGCAGUACCUGGAUGCCCUGGAUGAGUACAACAAAAUAAGGGACAUUAAAAAGUCCGCAGAUUACCAGAUGAAGAAACGCAGAUGUAAAUAUCUGAAGCAGAAGCUGAACCGCAUCAAGAAGAUGGUCAGUGAUUACGACCACAGUGCCUGAAUGAGUCUCUGGAUUAAUAAUCCCGUCCAACGCAGCACAUAAAAGGACUACUGUAAAUCAGGGUGGGCACUUUGGCCAGUGCAGUCUUCUCCUAAGGACAAAGCUAGGAGGAUUUACAAAGAACAAAUGAAAGUUGUGACAGCAUGGUGAUAUUUUAGCACCACAGAAACGGUCUUCUUGUAUUAUACCAUUGUUUGUAUUGUGAGUGAUUGUAAUCACACAAUUUCUAUAUAGUGGAAGAGUUUUGCAACUUGUCUCUGGAGUGAACAGAAAAUGAUACAUAAUUUAUAGUUUUAGUAGGUUUUCUUACCUUGGCUGAUUUUGUUUAUAAUUUAACUGUACAAUGACUAUGUAAAUAUGCGGAAACGGGUUGCGGUUUGUGAGGGUUCUCUGUGGUAGACAGUUUGGAAUAACAGCAAAUUUCAUACAUUGUGUUGACUUUCUGCAAUGAACUGUGAUGCAUUUUUUAUUUUAAUCAACCCUUUUAUUGAACACCUCAAACCGAGCAACAGACAUUUUAAACACUUGCAGUUAGCGGCAGAAUUUCACAAACAUACCUUGAGUUUUUAAAACACUGAUGUCAAGAUUUUAAAAGUCUUUUGUUGUUACAGCAGCAUUCACACAUUUUAUAGCAUUAAUAUUGAAAUGUCAUGUAAAUUGGUGCCUUCUUAUCUGUUAUUACCACUAGAGGGCAUAACCGCAUUUUAACUGCAUUUUUUUUUAUCCUGUGUACAAUGUCAAUGUUUCUGUAACUACCUGCUUUUGUAACUUGUGAAAGUGAUUAUUAAACACAGUCUUGAAAUCAU